AUGGCGUUGGUCCACAGGCAGUACAUCGCACUAGUUGUUUACGUUGAUCGUUCUUCCCCCAAGGCCACGUGCGCCACUGAAAAAAGUGGGCGUAACGUUCUCUGGGCGGCCGUAUAAAACGUUGCGGCGCCAGGCCGCUGGUUCAGCGUCUUGCAUGCGUUAUUUUGCUGCUGCAAGAUGUUGGACGUGCAGAAAAAAGCCUUGCGCAGAGUCGUGUCGACGAUGCGUGACGACGUCGGCAAAGUGGCCGCCUCGAUGUGUCUGAUGCUCAUCUCCUGGGUCGUCCUCUAUCAGUCUUGUCUCAGAGCAUCUACCAUCUACUUUUUUGAGGUUUUGUUGGGGGGAUUCUAUCAGAGAAUGGGUAAAAAUAUGUAAUGUUACAUGAAAAAAAAAGUUUUGGAAGAUAUUUUCUAUUUUAUUGGAUUAUGUUAGUUGAACCUGAAAGGUCCAGAAAUUUACUAAUUUUAGGUGAAUGGUGUAAGAAGCCUAUUUUAAGUUUUACACAAACUUUUCUUGAAAUAAAAUCGGAAAAGAAGGUAAUUGAGAUUCUAAAUUUCAAAAAAAACCGUUAAUCGAACAAAAUUGCAAAAUAAAACGUUCAAAACGCCACGAAAUUGCUAAAAAGCGCAAAUCAGUACUGUUUCAAAGCAUUUAGAGACGCCAUUGAACAAUCUUUUGCGUUCUGAAACUUGUUUCGUUAAUCUGAAAUUCCCGCCAUUUAUAAGAUAUUUUUUCCAGCUCGACACAACCUCUGUCAUUUUCGUCAACCGACUCCCGGCGCUAAUAUUCCCAUUUGCGCUAUCGAUUUUGCUGUAUUUCGUGUAUAUUGCGACGAAAAGAAGCGCUGAAAUCGACGAGGAACGCGUCGCCGCCCAAGAAGCCGAGAAGGAACUCCGGGUUUGUCGCUUUUUUCGAAGAUUCUAUCAGAAUUUAUGAUUAUAAACCGAUGUAGAGAGUUUUUGAUCGUAUUACUACUGUUCUGAACUAUUUAAAUUUUUUAUUUUCUAACAUGCAAUGAAUAAACCUAUUCUUAUUAUCAUUAUUACUGGAAAAAAAUCAUUUAAUUUUUGAAAAAAAGAUUAGAAACACAUUUGAAACUGUAAUCUGCUCAAAAAAAUCCAAAUGCAUUUUUUUGCCUUGAGACCUUUUCUGAAUAUUUUCAUGCUCCUUUAAACAGCUUAGAAAGGAUUUUAUGGAAAAAAACAGUUAAAAAUUAAUUUUUUUAAGAACCUAGAAUAUUUUUCCGAUGAUUUCAGAAUAAAGCAUAAUGUAGUUUCAUAUGAUAACUUUCUAUUGCUGGGCUCUACCUUAUAAUUUUAGAAUUUUUUUCAUUUUUUUGAACUAAAAAUCAUAUCAUCGUUUUAAGAAUAUUAAAAUAUUUAUCUAUAUUUUUAGGAUUUUGGGAAAACUUUUUUGAAAAAUUACUUAGAGUUUCACUGAUCUUUCGAUUUUUUUCUGCCUUUUUUUAAGCGAUUUUUUUUUUUUUUCUCACUAUUUAUUUUUUUGAAAAUUCAAAUAUUAAUUUUGAAAACUUUUUCUUCAACUAAGAGCUUUAUUUCACACGUUAUCAGCAAUUUACAGUAGAAUUAUCUUCCUUCUCGGAAACUUUGAAUUUAUUGGAUUUGAAAAAAACUUUCCGGGAUCAGAAAUUGAGCCAUUUCGAGUUUGAAUAUUUCCUAUGAUUUUUGAAUUCAAGUUUUUUUACAAAGCGUUUACAAGUUAUGAACGUCCGUGAAUCAUUUUUUUAAAAACUUGUAUAAUCAAUAAAAUCUCCGUUUCUAACGAUAAUUUACCGUUCCCCGCCGUCAUUUCCCCAAAAACAAGAAAUCAACGAAUUAGUGAACGAUUUCAUUGUUUUCUCAUCCGUAAUCGAAUUUUAAACAUCAGUGAUUAAUUCCUUUCAAAGUUCUUAUCGGCCUCUUGCAAUAAUCGGCACCUUUUAUGGUCAAAUGCUCUUUUGGGUGGGAAAAUUUCGUGUUUAAUGCUGGUUUUGAGGAUUUUCUGAGGCUUUUAAUGGCGAAAAAUGAUGGGAAACUCUUUGAAACGAGACUUUCUGGACAUUUUUGCGUAACGGAAUAUUUUUUUUUUUCGAAAAAUGUUAAAUUUCUCGGAUUUUUCCGCGAUUUUGGCUUGGUUAGGCUUAAAAAAACGCGUCAAAACAGUAGAUUUUAAUUCUGAAAAAUUGAACAGUUUAUUUAAAUAUUUUGGGAAGGUCCCAUCAUGAAAUUGCUUUUAGUUAUGCACAUUUUUACUUCUAAAAUUGUCAAUAUUGGAAAAAUUUCAGUUUAAUUGACUCUGAUGCAUAGUUUAUGUUUUUUUCUGCAGACAAAAAAAUUCGGUUGUUUGUGUGCAAUUUUUUUCGACACGAGGAUCCGUUUUUUUCGAACACUUUUUUUGAGAACAACAACGUGUUUUCUGUUUCGAUCUGAUUGAUUUUUUUGGAACUUUUGCCGAGUUUGAGGAGGUCGGGCGCGUGCAGAAAUAGCGAAAUUAUACAUUUUUAAAAAAAUUAAAAAAAUAUGGGAAAUACAAAUUUCAAAGUAAAAAAAUUUCAAAAAUCAAUUUUUAUAUAAAAACAAUUUUUUUACGAUUUAUAGAAUGAUUCUCUACUAAGAGAAUUGGCUUUAUCGAUAAAAUUCAAAAAAAUAUAAGUUGAAUUAGGUGGAUAAUUCUAGACGUUUUCUAACCGAGAAAGACAAGAUUUUCCCGAUUAUAUUCAUCUUUUUGAAACUGUUUUAUAAUUUUUUUGGGAAUAAAGAUUUCAAAAUUAAUUGCGUAUAAAAAAACUUCACGAAAUUUAUGGAUGAAUACUGAGAAAAAUGGCCUUAUCGAUACAAAAAAAUGUUGAUUUAGAAGAGUUUGAAAGCAUAUUUGAAACGAAAAAGAGGAUUUUUUCCUGUUAAAUCCACUCUUUGAAACGGUUUUAUAAUUAAAAAAAAUUUUUUUCCGUAGUAUAAUAUUUUUUUCAUUUUGAGAAAUCUCAUUUUUAAGUAAGUUUUUCUGAAUAGAGAAUUUGUAAAAAAUUUUUUUUUCAAAUCUAUUCGAUUUUUUUGAAAAAAACAGAGCUUCUUCGUAGUUUUUUCGGAUACAGGGAAUUUUCUAUAUAUUUUUUCAUUGGGUGAUUGUGUAUGAAAAUUCCCUAACUAACUCAAAAUUCGUCAUAAAACAAGUUUUUCAAAGUUUCAAAACUUUCCUACUCAUACUCCUCCAUUGAGGAACCUUUUUGGUCGAUCGAUGCCCUUUUCCGACACUUUUUUGGUAUCGUUCCGCGAAUUUGUGUACGAAGUUCGUGGUUUUAUCGUUCACGAUGGCCUUUUUUGUGUAAAGUUGCGCGGAAUCGGUUUUUUUUUUGGGCCACCUCGUGAAUCAUUCAAGGGGAGAAAAGAGAGUGUUGCAAGGCUUUGGAGAAAAAUUGAGGGUUUUAAAUGAAAAAGAUUUUUUCAAGAGAAAAAUGAAUUGAAAUUUUAAGAAAAAAAAAUCACUCGAAUCUCUCACAAAAAAUAAUUUCAGGAAAAAAAAAUGAGCUCAGUAACAAUAAAUUUUUUUCAUUUUUAGAGAAGAGGAGCAGUAUGUCAUCACUAUAAAAAUUAAAAUAGACAGGAAAAAACUUUCACAAAAAGGUUCAAUCGAAAAAACUUCAUUAAAAGGGAGCUCAUAAGGUUCUUUUAGAAAUUGACUUUUUGAAAAAUUGUAACUAUGAAGCUUAAUACAGCUAAGGUCAUUAGGAAUCAUCGUUGAAUUUUUAAUCGCAUUGAAAAAAAAAGAGAACUUCCUGACUAGAAUAUAUUCUUUCAAAAUAAGUUCUAAUUUUUCCAGGCCACCUCCGUUUUACCCUCAAGAAAAGCUUCCCGAGAAACAAGCCGACGGCAGUCGUUGAGCAUCAUCGAGGAGAGCAAUGAGCAGCAGCAGAGGAUCCGAAGUUCGUGGAAUCAAAAAAGAAAAAAUUCUUUCGUUCCCUAGUAGGGUAUCUAUUAUUUUUUUUUUCCAGGACUUCUCUCCGACAUCGACGAACAAGACGUCGAAGCGACCAUCCACAAUCACCGGCUCAAGCUCUCCCAACGCUCCGAAAACCCAAUCAUGGAAUUGUUCGACGACGGAGAAUCCUCCCCGCCCGUCCCCAUCUCAGAAGUCGACAAAUCCUCGACGGACAGCGCCGACAAGAGCGUCGGUGACGUCAUCGAGGAAGAAGACGGCGAGGCGCCGCCGCAACGGAAACUGACGCGGUCGCGGUUCGUCGUCGAGAACGUCGAGGACGGCGAGAAGAUCCUCAUUCCCCCAGCUAGCUCCAGUCAGUGACUAGGAAAAAAAAGAGUAUUGUCCCUGCCAUACAUGGGAUUUUCUCGGUGGGACCUAAAAAGGGGGGCUUGGAAAAAAACGAGAAAAAUUGGGGGCCGGCAAAAAAACCGUGAAAAUAAAUUACCAGAGUGCGCGGUAGAUCUCAUAUCAUACGGAGACUUGGCAUUAGGUUGGGGGGCUUAGCUGUCGUCCGUCAUGCUCAUCCCAUGUAUGGUCCCUGUUUUAAGAAUGACUCAAAAAAACGAAAAAAAUUUUUACUGAGCAUUUUUAUUGAUUUUUUCUUGUGGCAAUCUCGAUUCUACCUUCCAUAGAGUUCCAACGAUUCGAAGAAAAAAGCUAUAAUUUAUUUUUAGCAAAUUAAAUGGCGAAAGUGAUGCGUUGCGUACGCGACGCGGCUUUUGGCGGGAAACUCGAAUUCAAAUUUUCUUUUUAUUUUUUUGCUUUUUUUGAUUUUUUUCUGGCUUUGAAAAAAAUUCAAUUAAAGAAAGAAAAAAAUUAACGAAACAAGCUGAUUUUUUUCCGAGGACUUAGGAGGGCUCAAAUAGGGCCUUAGCCUUGGAUAUCGCAUUGAAAAAAAUGGAUUUUACUCCCUGGUGAAAGUUUAAAAAAAUGUAUAAAAAUAAGCUUAAAAACAAGACCUUUUUUUCUGCGGUUUUUUUGCAGCUUCUACAUCAUUGAGAAAAAAACGGAUAAAAAAAUUAAUUCUAGUUAUUUUUUUAAAAUUUCAAUCUUCUUUAUUUUCUCUGGUUUUCAGUCAAUUAAUCGAUUUUUGUGAGCUCAAAUUACACCCAUAUAGUAAUAGUAAUGAUCUUUCGACCUUCCAAGAAAAAAUUGUUUGAUAAUUUGAUUCAAGCGAUUUUUUUUUGUAGUCAUCCGCAACAGCAGCUUCGAUUCGCCAAUGUUGAGGUCCAGAUCCAACUCCAAGAGUAUUUUUCGAUGCCAAGCGCUACAGUGCCUGUCAGUUAAAAAAAUAUUUAAAAAAAUACUCUGAAAAAAAUUACUUAAGUGGGCUCUUCCUCGCGAGGUUCCAACUUGGGACUGAGCACUCGUUCGAGCCGAAAAUCGUCGAUCUGCGAGUUUGGCAGCAGUGGAAAGUUGGUGAAUCAGGGAUUUUCCGGAGGAGAUGAACCUCAGUGCGACAUGUACAAGCGUCUCGGAGAGGUUAGCCUUUUUUUGAAGCAAACUGGAUUUUAGUGAAAAAGUUUCAAAUAUUUGCAAAAAUUUGAAUUCACAGGCAAAGUCGGAAAGGGUGGAAAAAGGCGCCAUAGACAUCUUCCUUUUUGCUGCCUUUUUGCUCCAUUUCCUCAGCCCUUAUGCACCAUUUUUGCUGCCUCUUCCUUUCUUCACCAUUUCUCGAGCCUUUGAAAUUCGAGAAAAAUGGACGUUUUGAGGAAAGGACUCUUUUUGCUGCCUUUUUGCGGCCUUUUUUGAGCCUCUCCCUUUUAGCGGCCGUUAUUCACCAAUCCGAUUUAGCCCGAGUUUGCCGCGUGAAAAACACCCAAAUUUGGGAAAGGCUCACCAAAUCUGAACGUCUCGAAAAACCUUAUGUUUAUUUUUUUAUUAGGGUUAGUUUGGUCAAAAAAAUCGUAAAAUUUUAUCUUUUUUUGCGAAAGGUUCUGGGUUUUUUUGUUAGAAAAAUUUCAAAAAUUUCAAGUAUUUCCAAAACUUUAAAUUUGGCGCUUAAAAAAACACCUGAAUUAUUUGACCGUCUCGGAAAGGUUAUAAUUUUGAUUUUUAAAUACAGUGAAAAAAAUAAUUUAAAAAAAUCUUCUCGAUUCAAAAAAAGAAAGAAAAAAAGCGUUCUUAAGGCUAAUUAAAUAAAAAAACGAAGAAAGGGGACGAGGGAAUGGGACAAUCUAGGGAGAUUUUUUUAAAUUUUUCCCUUCAGCUGUGUCCCCUCUAUGGUCAAGUUCUUCAUUAUUAGUUUAAUUUUUUUGAAUUAUUCCGUAAGAAUUUUUUUCGCAUUAAACAAGUUUGAAGGGUCCUCAAGCCGUGAAAGUUUGAAAAAAAGUAUUUUUUUUUACGAAAUGGGAAUUUGCCUUCAACUCUACAAAGUCUAUUCAUCUUUUUGCUCCCUGACGGCUAUUUUAAAUUUUGCUAAAUCAAUUUUUACAAAUCUUAAUAUCAUUUCUUCCAGAUCGAUCUGUUUUCCUGCUCGAUGAGCGCUCUCAGCUUGAUCCCAAGGUCGGACGGAGGUCCCAGAGUCUAUUUGGAGCUGGAGUAAGGACAAAAAUUGAAAAAAAGUGUGAAUUUUGCUGUUUCAGUUUGUUGGAUAUAAUCGCUGAGCUUUUCGCCGUCCACAUGCCGAUCUGGGGGUGUGUCGCCUGUCUUCAUAUUAUUCUUCUCGAGAUUUUUAAUAUGCAUCUUUGUGAGUUUUUGGGAAGGUUUCAGAGUUCAGGGGGGAUCAGUGUUGAAAUUUUUCAUAAUUUUGCCCCCCAUGUUCAUCCAUGUUCAUCAUUUUGUUCAUCCUAAUUUUUUAACUUAUCUGUAAAAAAAAAUCUUCUAGCCUUCUACUUCUACUACCAUGAAGAAUCGAUGGUUUACACGGCGAUGGCCCUUUCUUUCCUCUACGGAUUGGCUCACGAAUUCUACGGAAAUUGGAUUACAAAUGAUAUCUUGGCCUUUGCUUCGAUUUACGUCGUCAGCUGCAGGAUUCAGGUAAAAAUACGCUUAAAUCAUCAUUUUACAAAUGUUCACCGUUCUCAACUUGAGCUAAAAGUCAUUAUCUAAAAAAAUGCUUUGUUACAGUAGUACACUAGAAAAUGCAGUAGUUCACUUUCAAGCAUUUUUCUUGUUUUUUUGAAAGACUCUUGACUUUUUUUCAGUUUCGAAAAUUUUUUUAUUUUCUAACAUUUCACCACUGUUUCGAGCCUACGUUUGAUUGUAUAUCUUCAGGGAAUUUUUUUAAAUUAUCCUUGGAAAAAGUUCAAAAAAAUUGAAAAAAAUGUAGAUAUUUUUUUUGAACCAAAAAGGGUUUUUUUAGAGGCCUUUUAAGGUAGAAAUUGAGUUUUUUUAACAGUUUUUUUAAAAAGGACAAGUUUUAAAGGUUUUUUUGUUGUAAAAGUGCAAAAGUUGAAAAACAGGAGCAAAAAAAUUUUUUUCUCUUGUUUUCACUGUACAAGUUGAACAAGUUUUUUUAGUGACUCUUAAUUUUUUGUCCGAGUAUUAUGAGUUCCUAGGAUUUUAACUCAAAAAAAUGUCAUUUUCUAAAGCUUUAGUUGUAUUUUUGACCCUUUGCGUAAGCAUUAAAGAAUUUUUUCGAUUUUUUCAAAAAUCCUUCGAUUUCCGCGAAUCUCGAAAGUGCGACCCUUUUUUUUGCAGGCGGUCAGCUACCAAACGGCCGUAGUUUUCAUGCUCGGAAUGGUGCUUUUCGACCUGUUCUGGCUCUACGUCAUCGACCUUCUCAGUUCGUUUUUUCCUCUCUUUCUCUGAUCCUCUUUAAUGAUUGCCUCUCUCUCGUCGUCAUUUGUGAUUUUUGAUCUUCUCUGUGGGAGGGAAUUCACCGUGGUUUGAAAGGUUUCUCGAGAAAAUUGAGCAGCUGGACUUUGAUGACAUGAGGAGGUUGUGUUACGGGGAUUUUUUGGUUGAGAAGGAUUUUUUUUUGUAAAAUAAGGCCUUAAAAUCGGGAAAAAGUGCUGUUUAUGCCGUUAGGAACAUUGUAUUUCUUAAAAAUCGAUUCAAAAAAAUCGAAAAAAAUUAUUUUUUUGAGAAAUUUAAACAUUUUUUUGGCCUCAAAGUUCUUCCUUAUAGUUUCUUUGAAGAUUUUAAUCAGUAAACAUAUAUUUUUAAGUUUUUUUCUUUCUUCAUCGAACUUAAAAUUGUCAAGUUUAAAUAUUUAUCCAAUUCUUCCUCCAGCUACCGUAUCCCAAGACAACCGUGCUCCAUUGAUGAUCCGUGUCCCAAGAGACAAAAAUGGCAACAAGCAGAGCCUCGCCACCGUCGACAUUAUUAUUCCAGGUUCGUUUAGAGAAAAAAAAAAUCAAGAAAGCUUGUUUUUCACUGUUUUGCUGUUUCUCAGAAGUUUCAAAGCGACAGUUUCUUUUGAAAUAUAUUCCAUGGUGCUGAACCUAACUUGCCGUGUUUAAAGUAAUUCCGGGAAUUUCAAAACGUCAGAAAGUGAAAAAAAUGACUGAAUUUUGGAGAGUCUUUGCUUUCCGCGGAACAUACUUUGAACACGACAUUAAAAUUCAUAAAAUCAUCUGUGAUAAAUAAAUCGAAAGUUGAUCAUGUGCGCUCCACCGAUAAACUUGUUCGAACGAGAAAUAAUAUAUCUCGGGCCUCGCGAAUCGGAAGUGUCGCUAGUGACCCCUUUAGUAGCUUCAGCGCCCUUAAGUGACCCCUAGAUCCGUCCAGUAACUUCCGGAGCAUGUCUGUUUCUAGGGAUCACUUAAGAGUACUGACUCUACUAAAGGGGCCACUAUAAAUGCCCAAAAACGUCGGUCCGAGAUUUUCCAGAAUCUCACGGUUUUUUUUAAUUGCCCAUGGAGCGAAGAAGGUUUAAUUCUGCUUUUUAGUUUUCUCGAGUCAAUGACUCAUAAGCUCUAAGAGAAAAUUUGUGAAGUUCGAUGGAAUUUUUCUCGUACCUUGAAGAUUUUUCGGAAGCUUCAGGUGCAUCUCCAAGAUUUUUCAUGAUAAGCAUUGAUGAAAUAAACUGAUUUUUCUGAUUAUUUUGAACUUCAAAAUUAAGGCGCGUUCAUGAACGUGGUCCUGAAGUACAGCUCGAUGUACGACACUCAUCUUUUCGCUGUCACUUUUGGCGCCGUUUUUGCGGCCAUCGUCGUCACCAUGCUUUUUUCCAUUUGGAAGUUCGUUUUCUUUUUAUUUUCAGGGAUUUAGGUGACUUUGGAAUGGUUUAAGGGCUGUAUAGAUGUGAAGUUUGUUAGAAUUUGAGCUGAAAUUUCGAAAAAAAAACUAGUGGUUAAAGAAUUUUCAGUCUUUAUCGCGAUUAAAUUGAGUUGAAUAAAGAAAAUUAAGUUUUUCAAGUCUUUCCUGAUCGAUUUCAUUUCAUAUCAAACCUUGAAAGUUUGGACUUUUUGGAUUUUUCAAGUUACUCCUGAUGGAUCUCAUUUCAUAGCAAACCUCGAAAAUUUGGACUUUUUGGAUUUUUCAAGUUACUCCUGAUGGAUCUCAUUUCAUAGCAAACCUCGAAAAUUUGGACUUUUUGGAUUUUUCAAGUUACUCCUGAUGGAUCUCAUUUCAUAUCAAACCUCGAAAAUUUGGACUUUUUGGAUUUUUCAAGUUACUCCUGAUGGAUCUCAUUUCAUAUCAAACCUCGAAAAUUUGGACUUUUUGGAUUUUUCAAGUUACUCCUGAUGGAUCUUUUUUCAUAUCGAACUUUGAAAAUUUAGUAUUUUUGGGUUUUAUUGUUCAAGGCUGUACCUUUUUCGGUCACUUCCCAAAGUUUAGCAUGACUUUUUUGAGGUUUUACUAUACGUAUUAAAAAGAAAAAAAUAUUUAGAAAAAAAGCUAAACGGAAAAAAAUAUUUUUUUAUUAGAUCCGUUAUCGAGCGAAUUGAAUUAAAAACCACUAUUUUUCUGAAAAAUUGGAAAAUUUUGAAUUUUUACGUAUUUCACCUGAAAAUUGAUGUCUCACACUAUGAUUAAAUGUAAUUUCUAAACUUAUGUGAAAAAUGACCUGUUGAAGCCAAAAAUUAAUGAUCGUAAGUUAAAAGUAUCGCUCUUUCUGCUGAAAAACCGGAAAAGAUCAUGUUUGGAGAAAUUUCGAUGCUAUUUUCGACACACAGUAACCUUGUCUUAUCGACCUCGUUCGUGAUUUUUGAAGAACGGACGAUUUUACACUGCCUCACUGGCCUGUUUACAAUUUGGAUGGCCAAGAGCCAGCAGAAAAAAGAAAAAAAAGGUUGAUUUGUGGUGAUUGUGUGCGGUGUAAACCGGGGCACAUGGCGGGAAACCUUGUUUUCCGUCUUUUUGGGGAACGGAAAUUGAAGGUCUUUUGUACUUUUGUUUCUUCUAUAGGUGAAGGGUGAUGACUAAAUUAGGAGAAGGGCGAUGAUUUCUCUUGAUUGAAGAGAUUUUGAUCCGAUAAGAUGACUGGGAAGUUAUUUAGUGGCCGCUAUAGGAGCUCGCCAAGGACUACUUGGAGAGGACACUAAAGUGGCCACUAAACCCAUCUCUAUAGGGGCCACUAUUUUCCGUUUUAGUGGCCACUUCAGUAGUUUUUCAUCCAGUAUUUCUUCCAGGAACUCUGAUAACUUUGAAACAAACAAAUUGGACCAGUUAUGUUGAUCCAUUGACCCCUAAAGUGGCCGCUAAAAUUUUUAGUGGUAGCACUUAGACCUCUAUAGUGGCCACUAAUUUUUAACCCAUUAAAUGGGCACUAAUUUGACUACUGUAGUGGCCCUUAAAACGUCAAAACCCUAAAGCGGCCACUAAAAAUUUUUCCAGGAAGGGAAAAUAUGAGCUUCAGUUAGUAGCCACUCUAGGGACGGGGGGCACUCUAGUCGUUUAUCGUUUACAACUCUACAAGAAAAAGCGAUUACACGCGGAAAAAUCAAUAAUUUGUGAUACGGAAAAAUCAAUAAAUUGUGAUAAAAUCAAUAAUUUGUGUUAUUUGAAGAACAAUAUCAACAAAGGUCUUGAUAAUACCUUUUCUCUUUCAAUUUCGAUCCAAUAGUAAAGGGAAACUGAUCUUUAGACGGACGAGAAUAAAACGAUCACGAUGGACGGACUGAUUAGAGUUUUAUUGGCUAUAAAAUAGUGGUGAGAACGAAAAUAACUCCAAAUUUUUGUGACGUUCUUUACGGAUUUCUUGAUAAGAGAGAAAUUUUGAAGAAUGUGACAAAAAAUGAAUAUUUAUUGAUCGAUGGGAAAAUAAUCGGAGAACUUGAUCUUACCAAAGAAUGUUCACAGCUCACAUUGGGACUUUUGAAUGAGACCAAGUUUACUAGAUGUAGUUUUUCACGCUGAUUUCGAAUUUGUGCUGAAAAUUUGCCUUUGAGGCUUGUGAAAAAAGUUAGGGGCUGUCAAAAUCGGAAAGUUUGAUGUUUCGGAUUGAGCUCGUUUUCGGUCGUUGUCCUUCUGGUCAAGGAAAUUUACUUGUUUUUUUGAAAAUGUGAUUUUUUUCAAUCAAAUUUUUAAAUUUCACGGGUUUAAAUUUGAAUAUUCAAUUACUUCAACGACUAGAAAAAUAUAAAUAUUUAUCGAUUGAGUGAAAAGAAAAAAACGGAGAUCUUGAUCGUGAAACUUUUGUCCAUCAAAUUUGAAGUUUUCCGUUUCACGUUUUCAGAAGAAUUCAUAUUAAUAGUCAAAUCAUCCCGACUUGAAAGGCGGGGAAAUGGGCGGGACGCUUUUCAAAGUUUAAUCCAAGUGCAAAAGACUAUUUGGAAAGCUCGGUCACCUUUUGUGUAUCUAUUCUACUAUUUUUAAUGCUCAAACUAACAAAACGAAUAAAGAAUUGGAAAUGAAAUGCAAAAAGCAAUCAACGAGCUCUCCAAAUAGUCGCUGACGGUUGAAUUGAACUCGUGCCAAGAACCACGUACGCGUCCCGCUCCUUUCAAGUCGGUAACUAUUGACUAUAUGAAUAUUUUGCAUUUUGAUCUAUCUUUUGUGUUCAUAUGAAUAUUCCAGAUCGAAAGUCCUGCCCGCGAUGGUCCUCCCAGCCAUUGUCGGGAUCGGCGUUUCCCUCGGCUGUGCUUCGCAUCCCGAAGAUCUGUGGCGAUUCAUGAUCAAAACGUAA